AUAUUUGUAAUGGACUAAUGGACAUUUUUUAUCCCUAGUACACAAUAAGAGAAAAGUAAUUAAGCGGUUUUAAUCUGGUAUUACAUAAAUAAAUAAUGACGUGUACAAUUUAACAAAACCGCCAGUUUACUUAUUAACUUCUUAAACUAAAUUAUUUCAGUUCUAAAACUACUUAAUAUAGUUGAAACAUGGCUUAUGAUUUAUUUCGCCAGGUUUCAAGCAUAGUUUUCACCCCAAAAUGCUUUGAUAAUUAUUUUCUCGACUUUAAUUUUACUGAUGUUCCUUGUUUUAAGACCACACUAAGCAAGGUUCUUGGCCUAGGAUUGAUUCUUGGUUCAAUUCUAGUGAAAGUCCCUCAAAUAGUUAAAAUUAUUAAAAGCAAAAGUGGAGAGGGCAUCAACUUGUUUAGUGUCAGUUUGGACCUUACGGCCAUCACCAUUUAUAUGGCCUACAGUUUUGUCAAUGGUUUUCCAUUCAGUUCUUGGGGAGACACAUUCUUCUUAGCAAUACAAACUGUUUUAAUUGGUUCACUUGUGUUAUACUAUUCGGGGAAAGUAGCUGAAUCCAUUUUAUAUUUGGCACUUUAUCUAGUAGCAUGUUUUGUUCUUAUGGGAGGAGUGACUCCUAUAAAUGUAUUGUGGACAUUAACCUCAAUAAAUAUAAUUAUAGUAGUAAUGGGGAAACUGUUACAAGCAAGAACGAACUAUAUGAAUGGCCACACUGGACAGCUAGCGGCGAUAACAUUAGUGAUGCUUUUCGCUGGAUCUCUAGCAAGAAUUUUUACUUCAAUUCAGGAAACUGGAGAUACUAUAGCUAUAUUGACUUAUGUGGCUAGCACUGCUGCUAAUGCUGUCUUAGUGAUACAGCUUGUGUAUUACUGGAAAGCUACAGAACAAAUGAAGAACAAAAAGAAGAAAGAAUAACAAUUUAAAUAGGGCAUACAUUUUAAAUAGCUACAUUUAUUAUAUUAAAGUCAAGAUGGUUUUAA